CCCGGCCUUGCGGCCUGCGGGGGAGGCUGCCCGGAGGAGGCGGCGACGGUGGCGGUGGUGGUGCGUCCCCGGCCCCAAGACUGCGGCUUCCCUCCUGCCAGGUCUAUCCAUCUGUCCAUCCAUCUGUAGGGGUCCACAAUGGCCACCUUCAGCCGCCAGGAAUUUUUCCAGCAGCUGCUGCAGGGCUGUCUCCUUCCUACUGCCCAGCAGGGCCUUGACCAGAUCUGGCUGCUCCUUGCCAUCUGCCUCGCCUGCCGUCUCCUCUGGAGGCUCGGGCUGCCAUCCUACCUGAAGCACGCAAGCACCGUGGCAGGCGGGUUCUUCAGCCUCUACCACUUCUUCCAGCUGCACAUGGUUUGGGUCGUGCUGCUCAGCCUCCUGUGCUACCUCGUGCUGUUCCUCUGCCGACAUUCCUCCCAUCGUGGCGUCUUCCUAUCCGUCACCAUCCUUAUCUACCUACUCAUGGGUGAGAUGCACAUGGUGGACACCGUGACAUGGCACAAGAUGCGAGGGGCCCAGAUGAUCGUGGCCAUGAAGGCGGUGUCUUUGGGCUUCGACCUGGACCGAGGCGUGGUUGGUGCAGUGCCCUCACCCGUGGAGUUCAUGGGUUACCUCUACUUUGUGGGCACCAUCGUCUUUGGGCCCUGGAUAUCCUUCCACAGCUACCUACAGGCUGUCGAAGGCCGCCCGCUGAGCCGCCGAUGGCUGCAGAAGGUGGCCCGGAGCCUGGCGCUGGCCCUGCUGUGCCUUGUGCUGUCCACCUGUGUGGGCCCCUACCUCUUCCCGUACUUCAUCCCCCUUGAUGGUGACCGCCUCCUUCGCAAGUGGCUGCGAGCCUACGAGAGUGCUGUCUCCUUCCACUUCAGCAACUAUUUUGUGGGCUUUCUGUCCGAGGCCACGGCCACGUUGGCAGGGGCUGGCUUCACUGAGGAGAAGGAUCACCUGGAAUGGGACCUGACAGUGUCCAAGCCACUGAAUGUGGAGCUGCCCCGGUCCAUGGUGGAAGUGGUCACGAGCUGGAACCUGCCCAUGUCUUAUUGGCUAAAUAACUAUGUUUUCAAGAAUGCUCUCCGCCUGGGGACCUUCUCAGCCGUGCUGGUCACCUAUGCAGCCAGCGCCCUCCUGCACGGCUUCAGCUUCCAUCUGGCUGCAGUGCUGCUGUCCCUGGCGUUUAUCACUUAUGUGGAGCACGUCCUCCGGAAGCGCCUGGCUCGGAUCCUCAGUGCCUGCGUCUUGUCAAAACGGUGCCCACCAGACUGUUCACACCAGCAUCGCUUGGGCCUGGGGGUGCGAGCCUUAAACCUGCUCUUUGGGGCCCUGGCCAUCUUCCACCUGGCCUACCUGGGCUCCCUGUUUGACGUCGAUGUGGACGAUACCACAGAGGAGCAGGGCUACGGCAUGGCAUACACUGUCCACAAGUGGUCAGAGCUCAGCUGGGCCAGUCACUGGGUCACUUUUGGAUGCUGGAUCUUCUACCGUCUCAUAGGCUGAGGCAUGUCUGUGGACCCUCACAGCUCCCUCAAGACCCCUCCUCAGGGUGCCAGCUCUGAUGGGGGAUGAGGGAAGGCCCUCUCUCUAAUUCUUGACCACUCUCUAUCCUUGACCCCCCUAACACCCCUACACACACACACACACACACACACACACACACACACACACCAUUUCCAUGCCUGUAGGUCCCCACCCCACCACAAGGCGGGAAGGGGGUGGUCCCUGCUGGGGCCUAGGGGUGGGGGAUUCUUGGGGAAGCAGAGAGGGGGAGAUCCAGGGCCUCCCCGCCUUCCUUCUCCCUUUUUAUAUACAGUUUGUUAUUGUCAAAUAAAAGUAGGAAAUAUACGAAAGGCUCUUUCUUC